AUGUUUUACAAUGCUGUUUUGCAGAGGCACAUUGUCGCCAACGACAAAACAGGAAUUGACGUCGACAAGUGGGAUUACUUCGCUCGUGACUGUCACAUGCUGGGCAUAAAAGACAACUUUGACCACGACAGGUACAUGGAGAUGGCUCGUAUCAUCGACGUCGACGGGGAAGGUCCACGGAUCUGCGCACGGGACAAAGAGGCCAAUAACCUGUACGACAUGUUUCACACUCGGAUGAUGUUACACCGACGGGCCUACCAGCAUAAAGUUAAAAUUGGAGUGGAGCUCAUGAUUGUCGAUGCACUCCAAACAGUUGACAACAUCGUACGGAUAUCGGGAAGGGAUGGUGAAGUACCAACAGACCGAAACAUAUCUGAAUGCAUUGACGAUAUGGCGGCCUACUCCAAGCUGAAUGACAGCAUCCUUCAGUUGGUGGAGCUUCCUAUAACACUGGGAACAAGUCACCAAGACACCGAAGAACAGAAAACAGCAAGAGACAAACUGGAAAGAGCAAGAGGCAUACUGAAAAGACUCCGGUCAAGAGACUUGUACAAGUGUGUUGGCAAACGCAUUUUAUCACCUGAGGAAAAUCUGGACAUUCAGCAGACAAAGAAGGAAAUCAUAGAGGAAGGAGGAGAGGACUUCAGUGAAGAACACUUUGAAAUCGCUGCGAUGUCUUUCGAUUAUGGAAAGAAGAAAAAGGAUCCAAUUAGCAAUGUCCGGUUUUAUAGCAAAACAAACCCUGAAAUGGCCUUCUCCCUUUCGAAAGAACAGGUAUGGAGACUCUUUGCUUCUCGCGUCUAA